UCCUGUCUAAAGCUCAGCACACUCGCAUCGCCGUGGCAAUGAUGAGCGGGCUCACGAUUCUCACCUGCUUGGCCUUCGUCUUGCUGAUCACCACUACGACCUGGCCUCCUGUCGCUCUUGCGGCAAGCGGUCAGCACCGGAGGAGGAGCAACCUGUGGCGCGGCGAUUACAUCAUCGUCAGCGGCGACGACGCUCUGGUAUCGCCGAACGGCGACUUCUCGUGUGGCUUCCACCGCGUCGCUACGAACGCCUACGUUCUCGCCAUCUGGUUCACUGCCUCCGCCGAUCCUCACACUCUCGCGUGGGCGGCCAGGCGCGACGCCCCCGUGAACGGCAUAGGUUCCCGCGCCGAGCUCCUCGGGGACGGCUCCCUCGUGCUGCAAGACUUCGACGGCCGAACCGUGUGGACCACCAGCACGGGCGACACCGGCGCCGACCGGGCGCAGCUGCUCGACACCGGCAACCUCGUCGUGUCGGACGCCGCCGGCCGCACACUGUGGCAGAGCUUCGACUGGCCCACCGACACGCUCCUCCCGGGGCAGCUCAUCACGCGGCGUAGCCGGAUCGUGUCCGCAAGGGCCAGGGGCGCCACCUCCUCCGGCUACUACAUCCUCUACUUCGACAGCUUCAACAUCCUCACCAUCAUGUACGACGGCCCAGAGACCAACCUCAACUACUGGCCCAACGCCUUCAAGACCUGGUACGAAAACGGCCGGAUGGCCUUCAACAGCACCCGGCUCGCCAGCCUCGACGAGCGCGGCCGCUUCUCGUCCAGCGACGGGCUGCGGUUCGAGGCCUCCGACGUGGGGCCCGGCGUUACGCGGCGGCUGACGCUGGAUUACGACGGGAACCUCCGCUCGUACAGCCUUGAUGUAGCGGGCGGCGGCACAUGGCGCGCCACCUGGGCGGCGAUCCUGCGGCCGUGUGGCGUGCACGGUAUAUGCGGCCGCUACGGUGUGUGCACGUACCUGCUGGACGGGCCGGCGUGCGCGUGCCCUGAGGGGUUCGUGCCCGCCGACCCCGCAGACUGGAGCAAGGGCUGUCGGCGACUCUUCCACCUCCGGUGCGGCGAGGAUGUGCGCUUCGCCGAGCUGCCCAACGUCGACUACUGGGGGUUCGACUUCAAAUUACUAGCUGACAAGAAUUCAGGGAUCUUCAACGUCAGCUUCGAGACGUGUCGGCAAAUCUGCCUCGACGACUGCAACUGCGAGGGGUUUGGGUACAAGAAAGGGGGCAACGGCAAGUGCUAUCCCAAGGUCGCUCUGUGGAACGGCCGGGGCCCCGAACCCAAGCAGUUCAUGUACCUCAAGGUCCCUGCCCGCGACUGGAAGAAUCUGAACAUGUCGUCGGUGAUGAGCUUGCGCUACGAUGGCCACGCCUGCACAAAGCAAGAACACAACGCCAGCGGCAGCUACUACAUGUCCCGUUACCUGAAGAAUGUUGGAGACAGCAAGAUAAACUUCGUGUACGUCUACAGCUUCCUCGCCGGCUUGUUCGUCGUGGAAGCCAUGGUCAUGAUCGCUGGGUACCUGUUCAUGUUCCGAGCCGAUCGGGCUGCCACACGUCGUGUCCACGAUGAAGGGUACAACUUGGUGUUGGGUCAGUACAGGAGAUUCACGUACCAGGAGCUUUCGAACGCUACUUGCGAUUUCCAAGAGGAGCUCAGCAGUGAGGCACCAUGGCCGGUGUACAAGGGAGUAUUAGAAGACGGACGAGAUGUCGCAGUGACGCGGCUGGCGGAGGUCACGCCGCAGGCCGACCAGGUGUUCCGGUCGGAGAUGAGCGUCAUCGGACAGGUCAACCACAUGAAUCUUGUACGGGUAUGGGGCUUCUGCUCCGAGCGCUCGCACAGGCUCCUCGUCUCGGAGCACGUUGAGAACGGCUCGCUGGCCAAGGCCCUGUUCAACUGCGGUGCCGAGGAGCUCAGGCUAGGGUGGCACUCGAGGUACAAGAUCGCCGUCGGCGUCGCCAAGGGGUUGGCAUACCUCCACCACGAGUGCUCCGAGUGGAUCUUGCACUGCGACAUGAAGUCAGAGAACAUACUGUUAGAUGUCUCCCUGGAGCCUAAGAUCACCGGCUUCGGACUGGUGAAGCUGCUGAGCCGGGAAGACACGACCGGCGGGGUGCCAUCCAGGGUGCAGGUUACCCGAGAAUACGCCGCGCCUGAGUGGGCGCUGAGCCUCCCGAUCACCUGGAAGGCUGACGUGUACAGCUUCGGUGUUGUGCUCCUCGAGCUGCUCCAUGGGAAGAGGGCUAGCGAGUGGUCGGCUGCAGAUUCACCGAAAGGUGAGGAUGCAUGCGUGGAUUUACAUGGGAUCCUGGUUUGGAUCGAGGACCGGAAAAUAGAGUGCCAAGGUAAGUUGUCAACACCAGGGUCGUGGCUGGAGAAGUUCGUGGAUGCGCGGUUGCUCGGCGACUUCAACCGCUUACAGGCGGCCGCGAUGCUGGAUGUGGCAAUGUUGUGCGUGGAGGAUGACCCGGACAGGAGGCCGAGCAUGAAUGUAAUUGUGCAAAAGCUUCUCUCUUCUCAGGAUGUAGGGUCGGCGUCCUUGCGCCGGGUCUGUCCUGCUCCUACCCAUGAAAUCCGUAGUACUAUGUAAUUUCAUUAGGGAGUGUCUAUUGGUCAGUGGAGUGACUUCCAAUUGGGCAUCGAUUCUUUGACAAAUAGCAAACUGAAACAUGCUCGUUUCUCUUUACACAAG